GAUUCCCCCAGCCCGUCCUUCCGGUGACGUCACCACCACAGCGUCCUCUGUGAUGUCAUCAAAACCUGGCCCGCCUCGUUAUGAUGUCACCUUACCAUGGUUCCCGCCCUUUUUUUCCCCUGGUGCUCCUCCCUCCGUGCCCACCAAAGGGCGGGGCGUUGCGGCGAUGGGAGGCACGGGCCUAAGUCAGCCCUCCGUGCAGUGCGUGAGAUGGGAUCAAGUGGGCUGGCAGCCUGUGCCCUAGAAGGCCCCGGAUGGCUCCAGCGCCACCUCCUGAGCGGCGAGUUCGACCAGCUACGCAACUUCACCGUUUUUGAGAGCAACUUCGUGCAGGUGACCCGGUUUGGAGAAGUUGCCAAUAAGGUCACCAUGGGAGUGGCAGCCUCUAGUCCAGCCCUGGAACUCCCAGACCUGUUGCUGCUGGCUGGCCCUACCAAGGAGAAUGGAUGUCUGCAGCUUCUCGGGCUGUUCCCCCUGCAGUUCGUCCAGCUCUACAUCCACGACGAAAGCCGCCAGCAGCUCAAGGUCAAGUUCUGCACCGGCCGCGCCUUCUACCUGCAGCUGCAGGGGCCUGCUGAGACCCGGGACCUCGAGUUCGGCAAGUGGGUGCGGCUGCUGUACCACCUGCACUUCCAAGCCGGCCAGGGAGCCGUGCCCUUCACGCAGGAGUGGGGGGACGAGGACGAGGAGACAGGCGGGGACCAGGAGGACCGGGAGUGGGACUGGCGGGACCAGCUUCAAGACAGGGAAGCCAGACUGGACCCACAGACCUCCGAGCUCUGGGGACUCUGAUGCUGUCUCUAAGGACCAGGGCCACACAGACGGAUUAUUAACACUAAUAAAGAUCGCCGCUUACGAACACAGCCAGCUCGAAGGCACUUCUGCCAGCAGCGCCCGUUUACCGAGGCAGAGGCUGCCUUGGCGGGUCUUCGGUCAGUCAGCAGCGGCCGGGUCCCCACGCAGCCAGGUGACCUGGUGCCCGGCGUCCCCAGCGUCCCCACGGCACGCAGCCUUCCCAGUCCGCCCUGGGGUGCAUCUCUGACUCACUGUAGAUUUCAGUCACCACCAGCCCGUCCCUUUCUCCCACCUUGGCAGCAGGACCUGGGGCUCCCCUUUGAAGCUCUGCGGUUGUCACGACAAUAUGGUUGCCCCCACUAAACUCGCUGUUCAAGAUGGUG